CAGGAGAACUGGCAUGAUCGGAGACAGCAGCCACCCUUUGACCAUGCCCCGGUGAAGGGGGGCGGACUUCGAGGGCAACUUGUCGCGGACUACCUGGCCUCAGCUAGCCUACCGAAAGAGAGCAAGAGCCCGGAACUCUACAGCUCGGCCCAGCGGGGGGCUGUUGUCUAUGUCUUCUUGGGGCGCCCGGCGGUUCGGGGUCUCGGUUUUGCAGGAAAAGCCCAACGCUGUUGGCUUCAGGUGGCUGCCGCCGCCGCCGCCGCGGUCGCCGCAAGUGCCGUUUCCGCCACUGGUGAGAGGAGCUGAGACACAAGAGCGGGGAGACCUCCGAGGCAACGAGGCAUCGGACAUGUGUCAGCACAUCUGGGGAGCACAUUCGAAGAGCCCGAGGGGAGAUUUGCCGAAACAAUUCAAACUGCGUUAUUGAUCUUGGGGGUGCCUGUCCCUGGCUGGCUGUCGGGUGGGAGCGCGAGUGUGCGCUCUCUGGAGAGAGUGUGCGUGUGUGUAUGUGUGUACCGAGUCGGGCUCCCCCCUUCCCCCCUGUUUUCCCGUCGAGUGAUGCACCUGGAAUGAGAAUCAGAGGAUGGAAAUAGUCUGGGAGGUGCUUUUUCUUCUUCAAGCCAAUUUCAUCGUCUGCAUAUCAGCUCAACAGAAUUCACCAAAAAUCCAUGAAGGCUGGUGGGCAUACAAGGAGGUGGUCCAGGGAAGCUUUGUUCCAGUUCCUUCUUUCUGGGGAUUGGUGAACUCAGCUUGGAAUCUUUGCUCUGUGGGGAAGCGUCAGUCCCCUGUCAACAUAGAGACCAGUCACAUGAUCUUCGACCCCUUUCUGACACCUCUUCGCAUCAACACUGGGGGCAGGAAGGUCAGUGGGACCAUGUACAACACUGGAAGGCAUGUCUCCCUCCGCCUGGACAAGGAGCACUUGGUCAAUAUUUCAGGAGGACCCAUGACAUACAGUCACCGCCUGGAAGAGAUCCGGCUACACUUCGGGAGUGAGGACAGCCAAGGGUCUGAGCACCUCCUCAAUGGUCAGGCCUUCUCCGGGGAGGUACAACUCAUCCACUAUAACCACGAGCUAUACACAAAUGUCACAGAAGCUGCGAAGAGCCCGAAUGGAUUGGUGGUCGUUUCUAUAUUUAUUAAAGUUUCUGAUUCAUCAAACCCAUUUCUUAAUCGAAUGCUCAACAGAGAUACUAUCACAAGAAUAACAUAUAAAAAUGAUGCAUAUUUACUACAGGGACUUAAUAUAGAGGAACUGUAUCCAGAGACCUCUAGUUUCAUCACUUAUGAUGGGUCGAUGACUAUCCCACCCUGCUAUGAGACAGCGAGUUGGAUAAUAAUGAACAAGCCUGUGUACAUAACCCGGAUGCAGAUGCAUUCCCUACGCCUCCUCAGCCAGAAUCAGCCAUCGCAGAUCUUUCUGAGCAUGAGUGACAACUUCAGGCCUGUCCAGCCACUCAACAAUCGCUGUAUCCGCACCAACAUCAACUUCAGUUUACAGGGGAAGGACUGUCCUAACAACAGGGCCCAGAAGCUACAGUACAGAGUAAACGAAUGGCUCCUCAAGUAGGGAACUAAGCCAAGAAGAAUCCCACCUCAGUGAAAUUCUACAACUGUGAAUUGACGUAACCCAGAAUGCCCCCCUUCGACCCUGUCCUUCCUCCCCUAAGCCUUUCACUCUUUGGAUUGGCCCCCCUUUUCAUGAAAAUUGUCUGCAAAAAUGUUUCAGAGGAGUGCAUUUGUCUCUCUCUCUCUCUCUCCACACACACACACACACACA